UUAAAGUUCAAGAACAUGGCGGCCUAGGAGACGAUGCUCAAUGUUAUGUAGCCAUGCUGGAAUCUGUUACUGUAUAAUACUAUACUAUAUUCCUUUAGGGUUUGACUGUAUGUUCUGCGUAGACGCUUAACGUUAAUCAUAAUUAGAUUUAAUCUUCAACAUGUUGCGGGCUUUAUCGAGGUGUCAUGCUCCUGUAGUCCGUCUUCUUUCUCCUCGUACUGCUGUUUUGGUCGAAACUGUCAGGGGGAGAAAAUCUCGCACAGACCCCAAAGCAAAGUCAAAACUGGGACGGAUCAAGACUCCCUCUCCCGUAGAUCCGGUAGAAAUGGUUGUGCUAAAGGAGCGUUACACUGAAUACAAUCUGAUCUUAAGAGCCCUGCGACGUGAAUUCAAGGAGCAGAUGUUGAGGAAGAAAUAUGAAGAGGAGGUCGGUUCCGUGGCAGAGGAGAGAGCUAAAAGGGAGGCAGAAGAGCAUCGGUCACUGAUGGCCUUGAAUGAUGCUGAAAACCUCAGAAUAUGUAAGAUAAGAGAGCAACGCAUGCAGAAGGAGGCUGAGGCUGCUGAGCUGAAGAAGAGAGAAACAGCCAUCGUACGCCAGCAAGAGCUGGAGAACUACAUUAAAGAGAAAGAAAGACAAAUUCUUCUGCUACAGGAAGAGGCAAAGGACUUCAUCACGCCGGACAAUCUAGAUCAGCGGAUUGAAGAGGCUCUUGACAACCCGAAAAACUACAACUUUGCCAUUGAUAAAGAAGGACGUGUUGUCAAACGGACUGCAUUUCAGCAAUAAGGAUUUCAAAAACCAGAAUACCUACAAUGUACAUAAAAUAUAUUCUGUCAGUGUCAUCGUUUAAACUGUAUGGACAAUUUUUUUUCUUUUUUCUCAAAACUGAUCCAUAUGAGUGCUUUCUGACCCUCUGCAAGUAUUAUGAGAGAGUCACUGGAAGUAGUGAGUGAUAUCUUUGUGCGUGUGCGUGUGUGUGUGUGUACUAUGUGAGGAACUCAAAAUGUCUCAAAUAUACUAAAGUCUCUUAGAACUGUCGUCUUAAGAUGGUCUUCACUAGUCAAAAUGGUUCAUACACUAAAUGCACCAACUAAUGUAAAAAAAAAAAUGUCCAGUAAGUGUGUGCUGAAUUAAUACUAAUUCCCUCAAACGUAGAACAAUGGAAGUGCCAAAAACAUGUAGCCGUAACACUUGUGUAUCUCAGCAAGAGAGUUUUUAGUUUGUUCAUGAGGUUAAAUAUUCACAAUCCUUAUAUGAUUUUCUUUUCUUUUUUUAGUUGAAGGCAUGUCACAAUAGCAACCGCUGCGAUGCAUUCAGAAUGAA